GCUUUAAAAUAUAACCAUGGGUGUACGUACCAAAUAGACACUCAGUUCAAUAUCUGUGGCAAGAAAGGUAAUAAUGUUUCUGAAAUGUUUUGGUGAGUCAAGUUCAUCCGGAAGACAAUAUCCAACAGUAAUAGAAGAGUUGUGUCAUCAUUUUUCUCUUGCUGAUAUUCAGAAGUCAACCAACAAUUUUGAUCAUAAGAGACUAAUUGCACGAGGAUGGGUUAAAGUAUACAAAGGUUGUCUCCAGCAUAUUGAUGGUUCUGAUUACGCAGUCACAGUGAGGCGAUUUAAUGUGGAAGACAUUGAAAUGUUCAAAAGAGAAGUAGAGUUACUGUGUCAGCUUCAUCAUCCAAAUUGUGUGUCUAUUGUAGGAUUUUGCAACCACAAAAAAGAGAAGAUCACUGUGCACGAAUACAAUAGAUCUCUACUUUACUACCUCCUAGAUGAGGUUAGGGAAACACUGCCAUGGAAAAAAAGGAUAGAGAUUUGCAUAGGAGCAGCGCGUGGACUACACUACCUUCAUGCCGGACUCAAGCGCACCAUCAUUCACCGCAGCAUCAAUUCUGCCAGCAUUCUUUUGGAUGACAACAUGCACCCAAAACUCUCAAGUUUCGGCCUUAGCAUAAUGGGAGCACAUUUCAAAGAAAAGUCAAAACCAAUACAAACGGAUCUUGUAGGUAAUUGUUCUUUAAGUAUGUUAUUGUAGCGUAAUACAUUGAUGAGAUUCUGUGACUCCAUAGAACGUGUGGUUGAAGAGUCUAAUCAAUUAAAUAAAGAUAUAUUUCUAUGCUAUUUAGGAGGAUUUCAUACAUGGUUUAGUUAAUUAG